UUUUGAAUUAUUCUUUCUGUGAUUAUUUGCAUAAUAUAUGAAAAUGUCAAUUCAAUGAAUGGGAUUCUAAUAUCGUUUGUUGUUAAAACAUUUUUGGACAGUGAUAGAAAAUUACUAGAAAUGUUUACUGUUAAGUUAAAGACAUUCAAUGAAGUAAUCAAGAAGUAUAUGAUGAAAUCAUCAAUGGAACUUCAAUAUAACUUACAAAAUAAUUAUUCCAUUCUUUUAGAAGAACUCAUCUAUCCCAACUUACUUACGCUGUCAAAGGAUCUAUUACAACAGAUAAUUGAGAAAACGAAUUAUACAAAUUGUGUGUUAAUAUUCAGUACAGAUGAAUCAAAUCAGUUAUUAUGUAUAGCUUCAUCAGAUGUGUUAUUUACAGGUCAAUUGAAAAUAGAUGUUGAAAAAUCUCUACUCGAAAAUAAUUCACAUUUAUUCAAUGAUUCAACCAUACAAGAACUUGGACAGGUUAAGAUCAACAUUGAUCUAAGAACUUUGGCAAUAGAUUCAAUAGAUUCUAUCAUUAAAUCUAUUAAUCAACUUGAUUUAAAUGUAUAUUUGAUCCAUUUGUUCUUCCAUAAUAAUGAUCCAAAUCAUCUAACCUUAAUAGAAUUUCAUAAAUUGAACAAUGAUCAACGAUUUUCUAAAUAUGAGAAAUAUUUAUUAUCAAAUUAUAUUACUGAUUUCUUAAUGGUUAUAAUGCCACAAAUCUCGGAUAAUGAAAUUGCUCAAUUGAUUGAUCAUAAAAUUCAUAGUUUAACUCAAAUACAUCCGAAUUUCAAUGAAAUAUCUUUUCUUUCAAGAAGUGUUAAUGAUAGGGAUUCUACUGUAGCUACCAUGAUUAUGUUUAAUAAUCUUGGUUUUAUAAAACAAUGGAAUAUAUGUCAAUCUAAAUUAGCAUGUUUUAUAUUAACAAUAAAGAAUAAUUAUCGUCAACCAACAUAUCAUAAUUGGACACAUGCAUUUACAGUUGGACAUAUGGCUUAUAUAAUAUUAACUAUUGAAAGAACAUUAAUUCAUCAAUAUUUAGAUGAAAUGGAACAAUUAGCAUUAUUUAUUGGAGCAUUAUGUCAUGAUAUUGAUCAUCGAGGAUUUAAUAAUCAUUAUCAAACACUUAUUCAUUCUCCACUUGAUGCUGUUUAUGGUUAUAAAGGAUCUAUUCUAGAACAUCAUCAUAUUGAUCAGACAAUGAGAAUAUUAAAUAUGAAAGAUUGUAAUAUAUUUAGUCAAAUGACUAAAAUAGAUAUUAUCGAAUAUUUUACCAAAAUUUCAAUUCACUCUUUAUACUAUUGAUAAGAAUAAACAAAUUUGGCAAAUAUUAUUUAAAAAAAUUUAAACAAAAUCAAUUAAUAAAUUAUACAAAUAAUUUAUUAUUCAUUAAAUAUUAUAAUAAAUUAAUAGAAGAAUAUUUAUGAUAAAUAGAAUAGAAUGAAACAAUACAGUGAUGAUGAUCACGAUGAUGACGACCUUACUUACUUCAUUACGCCUGUUGCUCUUCGUGAUGGAGGCGGAUAGACCGCCGCCUAUCAACAUUCUCCAUCCAACUCUGUUCUGAACAAUCUUCUCCAGUUGUUAUUCAUCAUUUUCAUAUCUUAUUCUAUUUCUUAUCGUAAUACAUUCUUUGAACUAUUAUUAUGAUAAUAAUCAUUAUGAUAAAUACAUUUUAUUGUACAAAUAUGUAUAUGAAUCACAUUUUGAUGCUAAAUAAAUUUACUGACUACUACUGUUCAUACUGCAAUGUGUAUGUGUGUGUGCGGAAAUGUACUACUGAUAUCAACAGAUAUAAGUAGUAUAUAUCAUCCAUCAAUCAAAAAGCAGAAUAGAAUGAGAACAAUAAGUGAUUACUAUGGGAAUGAAACAACAAUCAAUUAUCUCACAAUUGAUUGAUUGAUUGAUUGAUUGAUAGAGGUAUUCAUUGUAUGAUACUUAAAUGUUCUGUAAUUUAAUGUAUUCACAUAUAUUCGACUGUUCUUACUUGUAUAUUCUCAUUUAUUGUUAUACUACUGAUAUACUAUUUUUUCUUGUCUAUAAACUAUUUGUUUUUCUAAUUGGAAACUAUUUUAAUAUCUGUUCUAUCAUCAUUUCAUGAUUGAAUGGAUGUUUCUA